AUGGUGCAUGUAUGGGUGGCGAAGGCAAACUCUCGCAGUAUCAUCUGCAAUCUAGAACAGAUGCGCAUUCGCAGGCAGUUGUUUUCACGAGAAAGCUCUUGCCAAUCCAAGAAUCAGGCACCACGAAUGGAGCAUGCGAUUUUCCGCGGCGGUAAUGAGAUCAGAUAUUUCCAAGUCCUCUCUACGGAAGAGGAGACAUGA